UAAAGGUAUUUACACUCUAAAAAUCAGAGUUUCAGAACCCAAGAAUUCAGCAUGAUGCAUCCAAGCCUUGCAGCUGCCUUCCUUUUUUUGCUGGGCUUGUCAUAUUGUUUGACACUGCCUAUUCCCCAUGAAGACAGUGAUGAAUUCACAACAGAAGACCUCCAGUUUGCAGAGCGCUAUCUAAAGACACAUUACAACCUACGUUCCAGUCCUGCUGGCAUAAGGAAGAAGAAUGCCAACUCAGUGGCAGCCAAACUUCGAGAAAUGCAGUCUUUUUUUGGGCUGGAGGUGACUGGCAUAUUAGAUGAAGAAACAUACGAGCUGAUGCAACAGCCAAGAUGUGGUGUCCCUGAUGUGGGGGAAUACAACUUUUUCCCUAGAAAACUAAAAUGGUCAAAAAAUAAUUUAACAUACAGAAUUGUGAAUUACACUCGAGAUCUGACACGUGCUGAAGUGGACAGAGCAUUCAAAAAGGCAUUCAAGGUUUGGUCUGAAGUGACACCACUGAACUUUACUAGAAUUCGUAGUGGCACAGCUGAUAUCAUGAUUUCCUUUGGAACUAAAGAACAUGGUGACUUUUAUCCCUUUGAUGGACCUUCUGGAUUACUGGCUCAUGCUUUUCCUCCUGGACCAAAUUAUGGAGGAGAUGCCCAUUUUGAUGAUGAUGAAACCUGGUCAGCUGAUUCCAGAGGAUACAACUUGUUUCUUGUGGCUGCCCAUGAGUUUGGUCACUCUUUGGGACUUGAGCACUCCAGAGACCCGGGAGCUCUGAUGUUCCCUAUUUACACCUACACUGGCAACACUGGGUUCUUGCUUCCUGACGAUGAUGUGCAAGGGAUCCAAGCUCUCUAUGGCGCAGGAGACAGAGAUCCCAACCCCAAACAUCCUAAAACUCCAGAGAAAUGUGAUGAAAAUUUGUCACUUGAUGCAAUAACAGAACUUCGAGGAGAAAUGGUGAUCUUCAAGGACAGGUUCUUCUGGCGCCUACAUCCUCAGAUGGUUGACGCAGAACUGGUGUUAAUUAAGUCAUUUUGGCCAGAACUUCCAAACAAGAUUGAUGCUGCCUAUGAAAACCCCAUGAAAGAUCAUGUGUUCAUAUUUAGGGGCAAGAAAUUCUGGGCUCUGAAUGGCUAUGACAUAGUUGAAGGUUACCCUAAAAAAAUAUAUGAAUUGGGAUUCCCCAGAGAGAUGAAAACAAUAGAUGGGGCUGUCCACAUUCAAGACACUGGCAAGACUCUCUUUUUUACUGAAGACAAGUACUGGAGCUAUGAUGAAGAAAACCAAGUUAUGGAAAAAGGCUACCCCAGACUGAUAGAGGAAGAAUUCCCAGGAAUUGGCAAUAGAGUGGAUGCAGUCUACCAAAAAAAUGGUUACAUCUACUUUUUCAACGGACCACUGCAGUUUCAAUAUAGCAUCUGGAGUAAAAGAAUUGUUCGUGUCUUGAAAACUAACUCCAUGUUCUGGUGCUAAUCGCUUUCUACUUGGGUACCAUGCUGCAGGCUGUAGAACAGCCUACAGCAAAUGGAAAUAUUAUUGUGGGAAUAGGGAUUUAUAGAGAAUGAUUCUGUGAACAAACUCUGUUUAUCUACCACCAAAGCUAUACUGUAUAUAUGGGAACUAUAUCGCUUAUGUCAGUCUGGAACUGAAUUAAUUUAAUAGGAGGAGAGAGAAGAAAAUGAUUAGCAUUUCAAGGGACAUUAGACCAUUUAAAAUCAAUGCAGAACUAAACCAGAUCCCCCCUACAAGAUGCUGAAUGCAUCCUGUGAGAUUGCAAGUACAAACAACUCCAAUCAUUUGAGGGUGCUUAGCAUCUUGCAAGAGGUUCUCGGCACCUCUCAGGAACAGACCAGUGGUGACUGCUAUUUAAGUAAUUAGGGCUAAUCUUGCAGUCCUUACCUUAGGAAAAAAUCCAUUAGAUCAUUGGGAUUUCAUAGGUGUAAAGAAUGGGUCAGGACAGCAGGAUUGAUACCAGGAGUGUGGAGACACCAGCUUAAGAUAUUGGAGUUAUGGAAUAUGAAAAUGUUUUCAUACUGGCAUGUCCCCAUGGAAACCACUGACCAUGGCAUCUUUACAACAAGCCCGAGUGAGGAUGGCGAAACAGCAAGAUGCCUAAACUAUGCUCAGAGGAAACCAUUAGCCUGAAUGACACUGUAGAAGCCAGGAAGAGAUGGCAAACACCAAGAGUUAUGAGAUACUCAGGGAAGGAGGCUGUGAUCUAGCACUAAUAUAGAUCAAUUGAGAGCACCCCAGGCCUGAUCCACCCCUGCUGUAAACUGAUGCAGCUCCACUGAUGUUCAUUGGAGUGAUGCCGAUUUACAACAGCUGAGAAUAUGACCAUCCAUUUCAAAAUAAUGUUAAAAUGACGCCUUUUGGUGUUUUAAAGUCAAAGUUUUUCACCCAUUUUAUAUUUAUUUCAAUUGUUCCAGUGCCUACGAGUCCACUGUUUUUUCAGUCAACACAAACAAUGCAUGACUAUGUUUACUUUUCAACUUUAAAAGGUAUUAAAUAAAUGGAAUGAAUUAAAGUGAA